AUAACAAAACGCAGAGAAUCUGAAACCAAGUCUGUACCAUCUGCAGCCAACAAGAAAGGUACCUUAGAUAUGGAUAUGAGUGGAAACAAGGAUAAGCAGUCAGUGAAGAUGUCUGAAGAGAUCAACAGGAAGAAACAAUAUCAAAGAGAAACUGAAAGGCUGCUUGACAGACUUCACCUUCAAGACAAACAUCAAGACAAGUUGUCACCAGCAGAUUUUCUUAGAAUAGGUCCACCUGUGAAACAGGACCAUGACACAUCUGAGAAAGAACUAGCUCAUACUUUUCUUCAGAGGUUGAUGAUGUUAGACUACAGAGCCAGAUAUAUUCCUGUAAGACAAGACAGUCCUGAGGUGAGCCAGUCAAAGCCUGUUCCAGAGUUUGACACUGUUGAGACAGACGACGAUGACUUAGAUGCUUUUUUCUGCACCAGUGUGGACUCUGAUCAAUCAAAACAGACUCAUGUGCAUCCUAUGGACGUUCAAAUGGCAGUAUUUCACUGCUCAGACAGUUUCCUUAAGCAGAACGUGAUUACAAAGCUAUCACAAUGUCAGUACGCCUUACCUUUGCUUGUUCCUGACCCAGUCACAAUGGAAAUUGAUUGUCCUCUGUGGACAUUCAGACAAAUAAUAAAAACAUGGAAGAUAACUCAAAUCAAAGAUAAUUCAAACAUUGUCACCACGAAGACUAUGCCCAUCUGCAAAGCUGAGACACCCAUGGUGUCAUUUUUCCGCCUGGGUUCACCAUCACUGUCUAAAUCUCAGCUGAUGAACACUUUGAUCAACGACCGUCACAGCACCUUCUUCCACAGAAACUGCCCAGGUAGCACCAAGUCUCGCCAUCUGAUGGAUGGUGUGGCAGAGAUCGCCUGGUACUGCCCUGCUGGAAAACCCAGUGAUGCCUUCACUGACUGCAUUGCCUUCUGUAAUCUUCAUGGUGAUGCUCUGUCGAUUGAAAAACAGCGUGAAAUACUGAUGGAAAAAUCUUCAGUCAAUGUUGUUCUUGUAUCAACUCCGGAAAAAGGUGACAAAAGUACUGCAGUUAUCUCAGACCUGUACAAGUCUCAAAAGCCCCUCAUUUGUCUCAUUGUUGAUAGUGACCGUGGUGCAGUUCAGAUGAAAAAGGGACAAUACAAAAUGGGUCUAAAAGACAGAAGCCACUCAGAUGUGUCUGAAGAACUGAAAGGAAUCAUUGCAAACAUUUUGUCUGGACCACAUGCAUCCUUCCAGCUAGAAACCAUGGCUGAGGUCUCUGGAAUCAGAGUGGAUGAAGAUGACAAAGUCUGCCAAAAAGGGAAAUCUGCUGCUAUGAAAAUAGUGAAUUUGCUUCAGGGGAUGGAUGUCUCAAAGAUCAAAGAUACAUUUCUCCCUUGUCAAGGCCAACUGUGGCAUGAGUGGUGCAGAAUAAACAAAGAACUGUAUCACCUCAAAGGACACAUUGAGAAUGAGAAAUGUAAAAAGCAACAGGAAUUAAAGCAAAUACGACAAGCUCAAUGCACUGCUUCCUGUAGUGAGCUGAUGAAGUUGUUCAUUGAAAGCCUCUCAUCUUUGCCAUCAACAGACAAAGAGUAUUUCCUGAAAUGGACUCAGAUCUUAAUAGAUUCGCUCUCCACAGAUUGUCUCUCUCUUAUUCUCCAAAGCUAUGAUGAAAAGUGGUCUGAGAUCUUAGCUUUGAAGAAGAAGCAUGACAAAUCUGAUCAGCUAAAAAAGAAACAAACUGAGCUCGAUCAAAUAUCAACAAAGUUACAGUCAGCAACUUUUGGCUUGGAGCACAUCUUUAGAGAAAUGGGACAGAUCUAUGAAGCCCAUGACACUCUGCAGAAACGAACAAAGAGGGGACAGACUGACUGGUCUAAAUACCCUGAGCUGGCUGCAGAGCUGAUGAUAUCAGGACACCCAAUGGAGCUGAUGGAUGGUGAUGCAGGUCAUGUGCCUUUAACAUGGAUCUCUAGUCUUUUAGAUGAAGUCAUCAAGAAAAUGGGCGACAAGAGAGUUUUUGUUUUGUCAAUUUUAGGCGUACAAAGCAGUGGAAAAUCCACAAUGCUGAAUGCCAUGUUUGGAUUACAGUUUGCAGUGAGUGCUGGCAGGUGCACCAGGGGUGCCUUCAUGCAGCUGGUUAAAGUGUCAGAGGAGAUCAAGGCAGACUUUCAGUUUGACUACAUUCUGGUGGUGGACACUGAAGGACUGCGUGCUCUUGAGUUGGAAGGUAACGGCACUCUUCACCACGACAAUGAACUGGCACCAUUUGUUGUUGGUCUGGGAAACACGACAUUGAUCAACAUCUUUGGAGAGAAUCCAGCUGAGAUGCAAGAUGUUCUGCAGAUUGUUGUUCAGGCUUUCAUGAGGAUGAAGAAAGUUAAACUUUCUCCAAGUUGUGUGUUUGUUCACCAGAAUGUUGCAGAUAUUGCAGCUGCAGAGAAAAACAUGGAUGGAAAGAGACGCCUGCAAGAAAAACUGGACCAGAUGGCCAAACUAGCAGCCAAAGAGGAGGUGUGUGAUGCAGAGUGCUUCAGUGACGUCAUUGCAUUUGAUGUGCAGAAAGAUGUGAAAUACUUUGCCCAACUAUGGGAGGGAAGUCCACCUAUGGCUCCUCCAAAUCCAGGUUAUAGUGACAGCGUCCAAGAGCUGAAGAGCAUCAUCCUCUCUAAAGCUUCACAGUCUGCUGGGAUUACUCUCUCACAGUUCAAAACUAAAAUUCAGGACUUGUGGAAUGCCCUGUUGAACGAAAACUUUGUUUUCAGUUUCAAAAACGCGCUUGAAUUUGCAGUGUACAGAAAACUUGAGGUCCAGUAUGGGAACUGGACCUGGGCCCUGAGGAGCAACAUGUUGACCAUUGAAAACCAGCUUUAUACCAGAAUUGAAAAUGGAAAACUUGACAAGGUCGAGCUCAGUUAUCUUUCUCAAGAAAUGAGCAAAACAUAUGGAGAAAUCAAAAAAGGUAUGACAACGUACUUUGAGGACGACAGAGACAAAGAAAUGUUGGUUCAGUGGCGCGGCCGAUUUGAGAUCAAAAUCAAGGAGUUUCAUGAUGAACAAGUGAGAGGAGUUAAAAGAAAACUGGAUGAAGUUAUCCAGCAGAAGAAUGCUCGUAAAAAGCUAGAUGAUAAAAAGACAGAGUUUGAGAAGAAGCUGCUACAAAAGAGCAAAGAGCUCGCUCAUCAGUUAAAAGACAAGGCAAAAGAUGAAGAGGAACUUAAAAAGCACUUCGACUCUGUCUGGAGUGGCUGGGUUAGUGAACUAACUGCAAAGACAAAACCUAUUGAUGAUAUCAACUUGAAAGAUGAUCAGUCAACGAUCCUUCAAGAGCUUGGUUUUGAAUGGUCUCUUAUACAUGAAUGCAAAAGCAGUGGCAGCUACAAACACAUAUCAGAGGUAGGUGAUUACAGUCAUUAUGUAUCCUUCACCAAGCACCAAGAGCUCUGUGAGGGGAGCACAAGUUGGAAGAGAAAAGGUUUAAAUGCUUUAAGCAAAGUCACUGAAUUCAUUCCAGGAAUGAAUCAUUGUAAUUAUUAUUAUUAUUGUUUUCAGCAUGAAGAACAGCAACUGAUCAGAUCCCUCAUUGACGAUGUUGAAAAACUGUCCCUUGAUGCAAUCAAAAGCAAGCCUGUAGCUGCAAGAGGCUACAGUCCAACUUACUUGCUUGAAGUGGCCAACAGUGUAAAAGAAAAAGUGACAGAGUUUGAAUCUAAGAGGAAAUAUGCUCUGAAGAAGGAGUUCACAGUUGAUCUCUUACUGUAUGUGUUUCAGAGAGCAGAGUGGUGGCUUUCAGAGUCCCACAAGGAAUUCAAAAUGAACAAUGACGCACUCACUUAUUUAGAAACCAAGAAAAUGCAAUAUUACAACGUUUUCAGAAGUUUCUGCUAAGGAAGCUCAUCAGCUGUUGUGCUUGGAGAACUGAUCUGUGAAAAACUGAAGGUUUCCACUGUUGAGGCUGUCUGUAACAAGACUGCCAUUGAUCUCACUGAGACUAAAAGAUAAAGGGGGGGGUUGAGAGACAUAAAUUAUCAACCUUUAUACAAUAAGGAAUGGAAGACACAUUUCUUUGUUAACCUGUUGGACUAAUUUCUUAAUUUCUAAAAAUCAGUAUUGUCUGUUUGUAUUCUUGUAGGUCUUAAAUCUCUACAUCAUUUUAAAUUGAGUCAUGUUAACGAAGACAUCGACCAUAACUGAUGAUGGAUGCUUUAUGUUUCUGAAGUAUCUGAAGUGUUCAGCUGUGUUUUGUUUUUCUCAUUUCAACCAAUAUGCUGUUAAAUCCACGAGCAUGAGUUUUGCUGUUUUGUUUAUUUAGAAUCUCGGUGUGUGCUUUACUGAUGUAAACAACGUAAGUCGUAGAGAAAGAAGCCUGUUGAGUU